AUGGCUACAAAAUUCAACAGAGAACAGUUAGAGAGUCUUCUUAAGCACAGGUUCUUUUUUGCGCCUGCAUUUGACAUCUACGGGGGUGUUUCUGGAUUGUAUGACUACGGUCCACCGGGAUGCGCUCUUCAGGCCAACAUUGUUGAUGUGUGGAGGAAACAUUUCGUUCUUGAAGAAGACAUGCUUGAGCUCGAUACCACUAUGUUGACUCCAUAUGAGGUUUUGAAAACAUCUGGCCAUGUUGAUAAGUUUGCUGACUGGAUGUGCCGUGACCUUAAGAGUGGUGAAAUUUUCAGAGCAGAUCACUUAGUGGAAGAAGUUAUUGAGGCCCGUUUGAAAGGUGACAGAAUCGCUCGUGGAAAGAAAGAUGAGCCUGCUGCCAAGACCGACAAGAAAAAGAAGAACAGAAAGAAGAAAGUUAAGGAGAUUAAGGCUGUCAAGUUGGAUGAUGAGACGGUUAAAGAGUUUGAAAUUAUUCUCGCCAAGAUUGAUGGCUAUACCGGACAGCAAUUGGGUGAGAUUAUGGAAAAGUACAAGAUUGGCAACCCAGUCACUGGAAAUCCACUAGAGAAGCCUCAAGAAUUCAACUUGAUGUUCCAGACUAACAUUGGACCAUCUGGUCAACUGAAGGGAUAUCUCAGACCGGAGACUGCACAAGGUCAAUUCUUGAACUUUGAGAAGUUGUUGGAGUACAACAACGAAAAGAUGCCAUUUGCAUCUGCCGUUAUUGGAAAAUCUUUCCGUAAUGAGAUCUCCCCUAGAUCUGGACUUUUGCGUGUUCGUGAGUUCAUGAUGGCUGAGAUUGAACACUUUGUUGAUCCAGAAAACAAGGCUCAUCCAAAAUUCCACACGGUGAAAGAUCUGAAACUCAGCUUCUUGUCAAAGGAAGUGCAGGAGGCCGGAAAAACCGAGCCACUUCAAAUGACAUUGGGCGAGGCUGUUGAGAAGCAUAUUGUUGAGAACGAAACCUUGGCAUAUUUCUUGGGAAGAAUUUACCUAUUUUUAAUUAAAAUCGGUAUUGAUCCUGCAAGAUUCCGUUUCAGACAACACAUGGCUAAUGAAAUGGCUCACUAUGCCAGCGACUGUUGGGACGGUGAACUUAAGACGUCUUACGGAUGGAUCGAGUGUGUUGGCUGUGCUGAUAGAUCGGCUUACGACUUAACAGUUCACUCAAGAAAAACGGGUGAAAAGCUAUGUGUGAGACAAACUCUUGCAGAGCCAAAGAUCGUUGAAGAGUAUGAUUGUGAGAUCGAUAAAAGAAAGUUCGGUCCAAAGUUCAGAAAGGACUCUCCAAAGGUCACUGAAUGGCUUCAGAGCAGAUCACAGGCAGAGCUUGAGGAGCUGUCGAAGGAACUUGCAGAGAAUCAGAAGAUUGUUACCAAAGAUAUUUCUGGUAUUGCAGCCGAAGAGGUUGAGAUUCCAGGUGACUUCGUCAAGAUUGAGAAGAAGAAGAAGACAGUCCAUGUUAGGGAGUACAUUCCAAAUGUGAUUGAGCCAUCGUUCGGUAUAGGGCGUAUUAUCUACUGUCUUUAUGAGCACUCUUUCUGGUGUCGUCCAGAAGAUACUGCUAGAGCAGUUCUGUCAUUCAAACCAUUGGUUGCUCCAACGAAGGUGCUUUUAGUUCCAUUAUCGAACAAUGCAAAACUUCAGCCUGUUGUUAAGGAAGUUGAGCAGCAGUUGAAGCAGGUUCAAAUUCCUUUCAAGGUUGAUGAUUCAUCUGCAUCUAUUGGUAAGAGAUAUGCUCGUAAUGAUGAACUUGGUACACCAUUUGGUAUCACUAUUGACUUUGAUUCUUUGAAGGACCAGUCGGUUACCCUCAGAGAGAGAGACUCCACCAAGCAGGUUAGAGGUUCAAUCAAGGAAAUCAUUGGUGCUAUUAGAAACAUAACCUACUUUGGUGAAAAGUGGGAUGAAGGUGUGAAAAAUUUGAAGGAAUUUGAAGGUCAGUCAGAAGAUUAG